AUGGCAGGCCGUUCACUCUUCAGUUUCGUUUCCCUCAUACUGGUGGCAGGCGCCCUCCUGUUCAUGUUUCUGAUCCUCCUCGCCGGCGCAGUUGAUGGUGAUCCGGUGAACAAAUUCUAUUUCCUACAAGCUGAGACGGGCAACAUCCCCGGUGCCCCUCCUGUUUCUCGAUGGUCGUACUGGAACGUGUGCAAUGUUGUGAACGGCAAGACAGCUUGCGGUGACGAGCAUUAUUCCGACGUCCACCCAGCAUUCCCUCUCGAUCCCUCUUCCCAUCGCGAAUUCGACACCGACGUCAAUGUUCCCAGAAAUUUCGUCCGUCACCACGGCUAUUACUUCUACAUGACUCGGUUCAUGUUCGCUUUCAUGCUUAUUGCACUGUUCUUCGGUGUCUGCGCCUUGUUCACCGGCCUCCUUGCGCUAUGCACGAGACUCGGUAGCUACUUGAGCGGAUUGCUUACUAUGAUCGCCAUGUUCUUCCAGGCCAUCCAGGCAUCACUGAUGACUGCUGCUUAUGUCAAGGGUCGCGACAACUUCCGUCGAAACGGUCAAUCUGCCCAUAUCGGCAAAUAUGCCUUUGGCUUCGAAUGGGCCGCUCUGGCCUGUUUCUUCCUCGCCACUGUUCUCUUCUGUGUGGGCGGAGGUGCUCGAAGAGAUAGCACGCCAAAGACUGCGGGAGGUCGCCGAUUUGGUGGACUCCCAUUCCGUGGACGAAGAACCAGGAGCACAAGAAGCAGAGGCAGUUUUGUCCAUGACAAGGAGUAUGGCGCAUAG